GCGGUUACAUUAUUACAUAUCGAUUCCACCUGCACCAUCCGGCCAUGUUGCGUCUCUCAGCGCACUCGCUACUUGUCAGCAGGGUUGCCCACAGCCCAGUUUGUCUACGAGGCAGGUUCCGCUCAGACCUCCAAUCGUUGAGACUGGUGUCAACCACGCACAUCACCUCACUGACCAGGACAUGUCCUUCAUGCGGAGCACUGCUCCCUGCACGGCUACCCGUCUGUCUGUCCUGCAACUGGAUUUCCGGAGUUCACAAUUCGAUCCCUUUCCAUGAACUGAUGGGGCUGCCGUAUAGCCCGAACCCGUUUGUGGUGGAUACCGCUCUCCUCAAGCGUCGCUUUUUGGAGGCCCAGCGGAUAUGCCAUCCCGAUGCAUGGGCUACGAAGACCGAGCCAGAAAAGGAGGCAGCACUCGAGCUAUCCAAUACUGUAAACGCAGCAUACAAAACCCUAACUUCCCCACUUCAUCGAAUAGAGUAUAUCCUGAAGCGCAAUGGUGUAGAAUUGGAGGAGGCGGACCAAUUAAACGAUUUCGAACUCAUAAACGAGAUUAUGGAAGCCAGGGAGGAGAUCGACAACGUGCAACCUGGAAAUGCAGACCGACUACAUGGGUUGCGGGACGAGAACAACGCUAAAAUAUUGCAACUGGUGAAAAUGAUAGAGAGGCUGGUUGCGAAGGCUGACUGGAGGGAGACAAAGAAUGCCGCCAUAAGGCUGAAGUACUUGGACGGAAUAGAACAAGCAAUACGGCGACGACUGGAGAUUAUGUAAUACUACAACAAACUAUAGAUUCUAAUAGUGGUGCUCAAGGUGGCACUGGAUGGCUCUGGAAGC